UUCAGAUCAUCGAAUAGAGUUGAGAUGGCUGUGCGUCGUAAGUGCCCAAUCCUAUGUACAGCAGGCCGCGGAUUUUACGGAAAAUACUCUUGGACUAUAACAGCGUUAGUUCUGGGAUCCAUACUUUCGACGGUACACGCUCAAGGAGGACGUAGCAGCAAUUGUUAUGAUCGAAAUGGGAAGCCGCAGUACUGUAUGCCGGUGUUCCAAAACGCUGCCUUUCAAAAUCACGUUGAAGCGACCAGUACGUGCGGCGAUCCGCCAACCCGAUUUUGCACCGGCCGGCUUUCUGGCGGCGAGGAGUCAUGUUCAAUGUGCGAUUCCAGUGUCCCCAGCCAGUCUCACCCCCCAAGAUACCUGGUUGAUUUGAACAACCGGGCAAACCCAACUUGGUGGCAGAGUGAAACCAUGUUUGAAAACGUACAGUUCCCGAACCAGGUCAACAUCACCUUAAACCUUGGUAUUGCGUACGAUAUCACAUACGUCACGAUAACUUUCCAAUCUCCACGACCGGAGAGUUUCGCCAUCUACAAGCGCACGACACCUGACGAUGAUUGGGUGCCCUACCAGUAUUACAGCGCCACCUGUAGGGCAACAUACGGGCUGUCACCAGAUAUUUCAUACAUCUCUCGGCAGAACCCCAAACGCGCUCUUUGCUCUCCACGUUAUAGUGAUAUCGCACCCCUAAGCGGCGGAACCGCAACAUUCAGUACGCUGAGGGGUCGACCAGGUGCAUACAAUGUCGACAACAGUCCGGAUUUGCAGGAAUUCAUAACAGCUACAGAUAUCCGCAUUGUGUUGACACGCCUCAAUACAUUUGGAGACGAGGUGUUUGGUGAUAAGGGUGUACUUCAGUCCUACUUCUACGCUAUUUCUGAUAUAGCUGUUGGUGCCCGCUGCAAGUGUAACGGCCAUGCCAGUCGCUGUGUGGAGAGUACGGCUGAGAGCGCAUCACCCCGUUUCGAGUGUCAGUGCGAGCACAAAACGACAGGCCCGAACUGUGAUGAGUGUCAACCACUGUACAACGACCGCCCUUGGGCUCGGGCAACAUCGACUGGAGCCAAUGAGUGCAGAGCUUGUGAAUGUAAUGGCCUCUCCAGCCGCUGUUUCUUUGACAAAGACCUGUAUGAGACGACAGGUCGCGGUGGCCACUGUCUUGACUGCCAAGACAACACCAAGGGACCGCAGUGUGAGACGUGUCUCGUAAACUUCUACCGGCGAGCUUCGGAUAACCGAUGUGUUGACUGUCAGUGUGACCCUGCUGGUUCUACUACUGGGCAGUGUGAUGCGAAUGGUCAGUGUCCAUGCAAGCCAGGGUUUACUGAAGAAAAGUGUGACGCAGGAAUAUUACCUUGGUCGUCAACAUGAGAGAUAGAACGACCAGGCGUCACGACGGGAGAAGCUGUCGGUAAUUAAUCCCGAAGACACCGCAGAUAGGUUACCUGGGUUUGAAGUGCUCUCAGCACACAUGCAUGGAUAGCAACACCGGCGGAAUUCAACCCUAUCAAAGAGCCCAUAAAAUCAGAAUGGAUUUAUGAUAGCACAAUUUGUUAGUGAGAAGAAAUAAAUUAAUCAUGCAGUUCUCAUAAUGGCU